CUCACCCUGCCCUCCUUUGUCUUGUUUGCUUCUGAUGAAUUUGUGGAAAGAAAAGGAAAGACAUUUCUGCAGCACGUGAGUCAGCUGGAGGCGAGUAUAAAGCUUCUCCGCGGCGAGGUGUGGGCAUCAGUUGCUUCCCUUCUGCAACCUCACGCGACAUGGCCUACAAGAUUCUCGUAGUGUGCGUGGCGGCCGCCGUUGCCCUGGCCCGCCCUGAAGGCCCCGCGCAGCUUUACGGCGUGCCAGGAUCCGUGCAUCCUGUGCCCCUGGACACCGCCCCGAGCUAUAACUUCGACUACGCCGUGAAGGACUACCAGGGUAACGACUUCGGCCACCAGGAGUCCCGCGACGGCUACGACACCCAGGGCUCCUACUACGUACAGCUGCCCGACACUCGCCUCCAGGAAGUGAAGUACACCGUCAGUGGCGACUCUGGUUUCCUGGCGGAUGUGACCUACCAGGGGGAGGCGCAGUACCCCGCCUAUAACCCCGCCCACAAGCCAGCCACCUCCUACCAGCCAGUCACCGGGUACGCCUAAACACAAUGCACUUCCGCUUGAAGGCUUCCUGAAUAAUUGUAUUUAAUGAGGCAAUAAAAGAAUAGAGUGAAUAUAA